CAUCCUUUGCUUCUUUUGUUCUUCAAUUGAUCUUCUUCUUCAUUGAAGGCCGCAAUGGCUAACAAUCAUUGGGCUUACCCCGAAGACCCUUUCUAUAUAAGGUGUCUCCUCCGGCGCCAAGCAAGGGACCGCAGGACAAUCCAUCUAAGCAUAGGGGCCACUUCAAGAGAGCCACCGCAGACGGGGCUCCAACCAUCGGUCAUCGCCUCCCUACCGAUCUUCGUCUACAAGGGAACUGGAGAGGAGGUUGAAGACACCAACAAGACUGAGUGCACAGUUUGCUUGAGCAACAUAGAAGAUGGAGAGAUGGGAAGGCUUCUACCAAACUGUAAACACAUGUUCCAUGUAGAGUGUAUUGGUGUGUGGUUGAGCUCCCACUCCACUUGCCCCAUAUGCCGUACUAGGGCUGAACCCCAACCACAAGCCCAAACCCUUGUUAGUGUGUCCCCCACGGCUCCACCGUUGGAUUCAUUGAAUUCAACAACUUCGAGACCUAAGUUUACAUUGGAUGGUGCUGAUCAAACUUCCAAAGCUGCUGGAUCAUAUUCUCACAACUGAGUUUCUUCAGAGGAUGCUUAGAAGGGACUUGCUACUAUCUUGGGUUAAGAAAGUUUUGUAUAUGUUACUUAGUUCUUAUCAUAUUUAGUAAUGAUAUAUUUUACCUAUAAGAGUUAGUGAUAUAAUCACAUGUGGUAAUGAUUACAAAAAUUUCAUUUUUAAGUUUAAAAAAUUCAUUUUUUUUUUUCCUUUAAUUCCCUUUGCAAUCAAUUG